AUAAAUAUAAUGUGUGUUUGUUGUUCAGAUGUCGUAUUGUCAGCACAUCGGGGUGGAGUUCAUGUUCAUCAACGACCUGGAGCAGUGUCAGUGGAUCCGACAGAAGUUCGAGACUCCAGGAGUUAUGCAGUUCACUCUGGAGGAGAAGAGGACUCUGCUGGCCCGUAUGAUCCGCUCCACCAGGUUUGAGGAGUUCCUGCAGAAGAAGUGGUCUGCAGAGAAACGCUUCGGCCUGGAGGGCUGCGAGUCUCUGAUCCCGGCUCUGAAAACCAUCAUCGAUAAAUCCUCUGAGAACGGCGUGGAGAACGUCAUCAUGGGCAUGCCUCACAGGGGGCGUCUGAAUGUUCUGGCCAACGUGAUCCGUAAAGAACUGGAACAGAUUUUCUGUCAGUUUGACUCCAAGCUGGAAGCUGCUGAUGAGGGUUCUGGUGAUGUGAAGUACCAUCUGGGAAUGUACCAUCGUCGUAUCAACCGUGUGACGGACAGGAACAUCACCCUGUCUCUGAUGGCCAACCCGUCUCACCUGGAGGCCGUGGACCCCGUGGUGCAGGGGAAGACCAAGGCUGAGCAGUUCUACUGCGGAGACACCGAAGGCAACAGGGUGAUGUCCAUCCUCCUCCACGGAGACGCAGCGUUUGCGGGACAGGGUAUCGUCUAUGAGACCUUCCAUCUGUCCGACCUGCCGUCCCACACCACUCACGGCACCGUGCACGUGGUCGUCAACAACCAGAUCGGCUUCACCACAGACCCCCGUGUGGCUCGCUCGUCCCCGUAUCCCACCGACGUGGCUCGAGUCGUCAACGCUCCCAUCUUCCACGUCAAUGCCGACGACCCCGAGGCCGUCAUCUACGUGUGCAAGGUGGCUGCGGAGUGGAGGGCCACGUUCCACAAAGACGUAGUGGUCGACCUGGUGUGUUACCGUCGGAUGGGUCACAACGAGAUGGACGAGCCGAUGUUCACUCAGCCACUGAUGUACAAACAGAUCAAGAAGCAGAAACCCGUUCUGCAGAAAUACGCAGAGAAGCUGAUCGCAGAGGGCGCGGUCAGCAGGCAGGAGUACGAGGAGGAAAUUUCCAAAUACGAUAAGAUCUGUGAGGAGGCGUACGCUCGCUCUAAAGAUGAGAAGAUCCUCCACAUCAAGCACUGGCUGGACUCCCCAUGGCCCGGUUUUUUCACUCUGGACGGACAGCCGAAGUCCAUGAGCUGCCCCUCCACCGGUCUGACUGAAGAGAACCUGAACCACAUCGGACAGGUGGCCUCCUCCGUCCCUGUGGAGGACUUCACCAUCCACGGAGGUCUGAGUCGUAUCCUGAAGGGUCGCGGUGAGAUGAUUCGUAACCGCACUGUGGACUGGGCUCUGGGAGAGUACAUGGCCUUCGGGUCGCUGCUGCAGGAGGGAACCCACAUCAGACUGUCGGGACAGGACGUGGAGCGAGGAACGUUCAGCCACCGUCAUCACGUCCUCCAUGACCAGAACGUGGACAAGAGGAUCUGUAUUCCCAUGAACCACCUGUCUGUUGACCAGGCGCCGUACACCGUCUGCAACAGCUCGCUGUCCGAGUACGGCGUCCUGGGAUUUGAGCUGGGUUUUGCGAUGGCGAGUCCCAACGCUCUGAUCCUGUGGGAGGCUCAGUUCGGAGACUUCCACAACACGGCUCAGUGCAUCAUCGACCAGUUCAUCUGUCCCGGUCAGGCCAAGUGGGUCCGACAGAACGGCAUCGUGCUGCUGCUGCCGCACGGCAUGGAGGGCAUGGGUCCAGAACAUUCUUCAGCUCGUCCAGAGAGAUUCCUCCAGAUGUGCAACGACGACCCCGACGUCAUGCCG